CUAUCUCUAGAGUUUCUUUCGCAAAGUCUUGGGACUCAACUCCAUCGAUUCUGUUUUAGACUUAAACAUUGUUGAUCAACUGUGUUUCGUACAUUAGGGAAAAAGACAAUUUCAUGUAAUUGCAUAGGAUAAAUAAUGCAAAACCUCUUUAAACUCAACUGUGUCAUCCUUUUUGCAACGUCGUUGGUUUUGUUGCCCACUUUGUUGGCGGCCUCGUUAUGGAAAACGAACCUGAGACGUAGAAAUGGCCAAGCUGCAAACGACGUGGCCAAUUCAAGAGACGAUUACUACGAGGAGCCUGACAAUCAAGUCGUUUACCUAGACGACGUUGUCGACAAGUUGCAUAAAGAGCCUAAAGUGAAACACAAAGGAUCGUUCGUGAAACCGAGCCGAUAUAGCAGCAGCUCGUAUUCGCACCAGCAAUCGGGGGCCGACACGAGUCACCACACCGAUUACGCGUCCGAUGUCGAUUACGCGUACGAUAGCGAUCCGUAUUACUAUGGCGAUAAGCCUAAUUGUGACGACGACAAGAAGAAGAAAAAGAAGCCGUGGGAUGACCUGUCGAAAAAGAGCAAGGCCAGCAUCAUUAUAGGCUCGAUUGGCUUAGCUCUCAGCAAAUUGGGAUUGAUUUCGUUUUCCUCGCUUGCCGUUUCGACCGACACGACCACCACAUCAACCACGUCGACAACAUCGACAACGACACCAACGACAACGACACCAACGACGACGACUAGUACAUCGACCACAUCUACGACGUCUACGACGUCUACCACAACGACGACGACGACCACAACGACAACGACAAUGAUGCCAAGUAAAUGA